AUGGGCGAUCACUUCACAUCGCCGAAAUUUCCAUUCAAGCAUGACCCUCUUCCAGACCCUGCCAAAUACAUCAGACUUCUUGAAAUACUAGACAACAAUAAUUCACAGAUAACUCAAAUUGCAUGCAGGCUCACAAAAUGGCGAGCAGACAGCCUGCCAUCCUAUCACGCCAUUUCCUACACAUGGGGAGAAGCUGAAUCCAACACUGUUAUACUCAUCAAUGGAAAGCCCUUCACAGUGCGGACAAACUGCGAGUUUGUACUGAAACAAGCACGCUGGCAUGGGAAGAGCCAGUACUAUUGGGUAGAUGCUGUCUGUAUCGACCAGGAGAACCUCGAAGAAAAGAGUAGGCAGGUUUUGAUGAUGGGUACUAUCUAUAAACAGGCCGAACACGUCUUGGCUUGUGUUGGGGACCAUGCGGAUGACAGCCUCUUCUUCUAUCAAACACUCAAACAUUUCUUGCCCGUGGGAGAAAGAAAGAAGUGGAUUUUUCGGCGCAAGGGACAACUAUCCCUGAGAUUCCGCCUGGGACACAGAUCUUCAACGACGCGCCGGCUUCUUCUUGCUGCAGCUCGCUUCGCCAUGCGACCAUAUUUCACUCGGUUAUGGAUCCUUCAGGAGCUACAUAACGCUCGAGAUGUCAGCUUCUUAUGUGGCAUGGAAGCGCUGCCGAAAGAUGGUGUGCGGCUUAUGCUUUCAGACCUUCACUCUGUCAUGCCGUACGGCGCAAGGGAAGGCUCUCGCACAUUUAUUGGGCGACUUUUGACGAGACUCUGGUUUCUUCGGAGAAUAGCACCGCAGCACCAGUUUCUAUCGUGGUCCUUCCUGGAGUAUCUGCAACUAAGCGGGAAGGUCUUCAAAUCCCUCCAGAUCACCAAAGCCUACGCACACGCUUACAGCACAUGGAGGCUGUUGGACAUUGCGAGCUGUCUAGAGUGUGCUGACAAGCGGGACAAGGUGUACGGGAUCCUCUCCAUCAUCUCUUGGGGCAGCGUUACGGCAAUGGUACCGGACUAUACGCAGGACGAGUUUAGGAUCGCUAUUGACUUUAUUAGUGCGCUUGUGGAGCUUGAGGAGGUUUCGAAGGAAGAUAUCUGUCUUCAGGACAUUUCUUUCCUCACCACGGGCAAUCUAGGUCUCAAUUACUGGUCACGUGGUGUGUCCGACGCGCUCAAAGCUCGUCGUAGCAACCCGGAGGAGGUAAUUUCCAGAGAGGCAGAAACGCGGCUUGAGGCUCCAUUGUUGUCGAGCUCGAGGUAUGCAGCCGGCUGGUGUGUCUUGAGUGAACACCUUGAUCGCAGUCGCCCGGAGUACUCGAUAUGGACCCCACCGGGGAAUGAAGACCGUGAUGUCUAUCUGCCUAGCUGGACGAGACCAGGCGACUGGGUCAUAGAGGUAAGAGGGCACGCGUUUGGCUGGUUUGCGACAUUUGAAUGCCCGGCCCUACUUGUGAUGAGAGAGAUCGGCCAUAGCCAGCGUGGUCCCUUCAUCGGGCAUGGCUUCGGAAGCAUCGGUGGAACGGAACUGGCCUUGGCCAAGUUCCAAGUCCACUGGGACGCAGAAGAUCUAGUCAUUCUUUGUUUGACUAUGAAUGACCCGGGGAAAAUCGGCAAAGGAUGGGAUGACUGGCUCGAGGACUUCCUAAAUGCCGGUGUUUGUAGACAACAAGCACCUGGUUCAUCUUAUGCGAUAAGGCGAGAUGAUGUCUAA